AUGGUUCGGACCUGUGUGCUCUGUAAUAGAACUCCCCUGGAAACUGAAUCAACGCGACUUGGUUCCGCUUCGCCAGCGACCUUCCAGGACUGUCACCGAGGUCCCGCGGCGCAGGUGGGAAGAAGAGGCCGUCCUCGCCGUUUGUUGUCCUCGCUGCAGGCAGGAGGCGGGCGUCCUCUCGAAAGCCUACGGCUCCUGCGACCUCUCUCACCAGCGCCAUGGCAGUCCCAGGUGAAGACCGACGCCAGGGCCCGUUGCAACAAGGAUAGUGUCCGAGCUGGCUGUAAAAAAUGUGGCUAUCCUGGUCACCUGACAUUUGAAUGCCGCAAUUUUCUCCGAGUGGACCCCAAAAGGGAUAUAGUUUUGGAUGUGAGCAGCACAAGCAGUGAAGAGAGUGAUGAAGAGAAUGAAGAACUGAAUAAAUUGCAGGCAUUACAAGAAAAAAGAGUAAAUGAAGAAGAAGAGAAGAAAAAAGCAAAAAGCAAAGAGAAAAUCAAGUUGAAAAAAAAAAGGAAAAGGUCUUAUUCAUCCAGUUCCACUGAAGAGGACACUUCAAAACAAAAGAAACAAAAAUAUCAGAAGAAAGAAAAGAAAAAAGAAAAAAAGAAUAAGUCAAAAAGGGGGAAACAUCACAAAAAGGAAAAAAAGAAGAGAAAAAAGGAAAAGCAUUCUUCCACCCCUAAUCCUUCUGAGAUCUCCAAAAAGUAACUGAAUCUUCGGCCUAAGCCAUUAAAUUUUAAAAUUUGGUUUUGAAAAUUAUCUGACCUUCCUNUAUAUAUAUAUAUAUAUAUAUAUAUAUAUAUAUAAUUAUGCUUUGCAAUAAAUCACAGCCUUUUCCAUAUAGACAUUUUUUUUCAUAUAUGGGACCAUUGUCAUCUGGCAAUACAUUUUUAAUGUGCUGACUCUAAAGUAUUGAAUCAGUCUUAUUACUUGGUAGCCAUGCCCCAAGUAUGGAUAUUUGUACAUGCAAAACGCAUCAUUUUUGGUAUUCAUGACUCUUUGUCCGACUAGUGUUAUUACUUCAUAAGUUGAUUGUAAAUGGCUUUACUACGGUCAACACAGGUAAUCUACCUAGCACUUAAUGAGUAUUUGCUGAAUCAAGUGUCCGCCUUCCAGUGAUAAAGUGAGGUAGGGGAUAAUGCUUUGCUCUUGACUCUGAAAGACUUAAUAACUUUAUAUCCUAUGAUAAUAUAUAAAGAUAGUGAAAAUUUUCACUGUUGUUUUUAAAUCUCAAACCUUUUUUGGAUGUUAUAGGAGAUGAAGCUGCUUUAUUGGUUUUAACUAGGACGUUUGAAAUGAAUGGUGUUGGCAGGAAGAUGAUAAUGAAAAUACGUAUAAGGAAUUUUUACUAUUACAUGAAACACAGAGUGUCUAGUACCUGCCUCCUCUGUUAUUGUAACAAUUACAAUUUUCUUCCUUGUUUAAAAAGGCAAGUGUAGUUCAGCCUCAUAGAGAUGACGCUGUGUUGGGUAGAAUUUUUAGGAUAGACUCCUGGGUUGUUUUACAAAUGUGCCAUAUUGGCAUCUCUUCCAGUGAUACCUCAAACACAGAACUUUUUAAUUAGGAGGAUGACCGCUAAAUCAUCAUUAGAACUGAUUUUUAUUGUAUUCUGUAUGUAAAUUUUAUGAAGCUUGUUUCUAUGAGUAAUGUGGAAAAUUUUUAUAACUGUGAACAUAUAUAUUUAUUUGUCUAAAAUAAUUUGUAGUUUUGAAGCAGGUUUCACACUGAAUUUAUGGUUUCAAAAAUGACCAGUUUGGGGUGUUUCUCUCUUUUACUUCAGUCAUAGACCUUAAAAGCAGUGACAAAAAUUUAGGAUUAAGAAUUUUAUUCUGUACUUUUUAAAAUAUAAGAGCCAGGGAGUUGCAUCAUGAAAGCCUUUAUAUAACAAUGAAAAUUUUAUAUGGGUAAGCAUUUUCAAACAUAUAUUAGUAGAUAGAAGUGUUUCUUACAUUUUUUAUUUCACUAUGAUCAGUGUCACUUACUUUGGUUAGUGUUUAGAUAGCCCUGACACCCAGUGAGUUAAACACUUACUGUUGUAGCAGCAUCAGACAUCACCCAGUUAUCAUGGCUCGGCACCAAAGACUGCGUGUACCUCACUGUGGUGCAGUUAGAAAUGUUCAAGUUGCUCACCUGCAGACGUGGCUACAGGUGAAAUCGUUUUGGUGAAAUCAGGUAAGUACACGUAACCUCACAAGCUGGACAGGCGUACUGAUUCUUUCCUCAUGCAGCUCCCCUCUCUGGCAUGACCUCAGUCAGACUGGGGGAACUUGCUGACUCCUCAUACCUGUGCUUACCAUGUUCCCAUUCUAGGGAAGCUACACCCACAUCCCUGUUCUGGCGUCAUAGCUGAGGAAGCGUUCACACAUUUAGUCAGAUGGCCUCCUCAGAAAGAACCCCCCCCUUUUUUUAAAUAGUUCUGUCAGCUGUUGAAGAGAAACAGAGUUAUUAGCUUUUUAAGGGUUUGUUUGGCCUUUGUUGUAUUUACGCAUUUUUUAAACUGCAUGUUAUGAAAAUACAGUUCUUUAGUUAUCAUGAUGAAAAAAAUAAAAGAACUUUUAAAAAUGA